GACAACGCGGCUGAGAUGAAAAUGGAUGGCAUCAGACAACGUCAACGUCAGCGCGAAAAAAGAAGUGAUGAUGGAGAUCAAGCCAAAUCAAAAUCAGAUCCUGUUCGGGAGCAUAACAAGGACGCGACUCCCAACAUCCAGACAAGUAGAUCUGUUGAUGGUGGCAAGAAUUCUUACUGGCUGACAAGAAUAGUGUUCUUGAGGAGUCUCUCAUUUGUUUAUUUUGUAGCUUUCCUGGUUGCUCUUCAUCAAAACAGAGCUUUGCUAGGUCAGAAAGGUUUGCUACCAACGUCUCUUUACCUGGACAGAAUACGCAACUAUGUCAAAGCUCCAAGUGGACAGGUCAACCCGGAAGCGGUCAACUUUGCUCCCACUCUCCUUUGGUUUGUGGACCUGGAUCAGUAUCUGGACUGGUGGCUAGAUGCCCUGGCCUACUGUGGUCUAGUCCUGUCUGGUUUGGUCCUGGUCUUGGGAUGUAGCAACAUGUUGAUCAUGAUGGGCCUGUGGGUGCUUUAUCACUCACUUGUCAAUAUUGGUCAGAGAUGGUAUUCAUUUGGAUGGGAGUCUCAGCUUCUUGAAACAGGAUUCUUGGCUGUAUUCAUGUGUCCUCUUCUUACCUUGACUCGCUUCCCUCGUCAUACCCCUACUCCUUGGGUCACACUCUGGGGAUACAAAUGGCUGCUCUUCAGGAUCAUGAUAGGAGCUGGACUCAUUAAAAUCCGAGGUGAUCAAUGCUGGCGUGAUCUGACAUGUAUGAACUAUCACUAUGAGACACAGCCUGUGCCAAACCCCAUGAGCUAUUACAUGCAUCAGAGUCCGGAAUGGUUCCACAAGUUUGAGACGCUUUCCAAUCACUUCAUUGAACUUGUUGCACCUGCGUUCCUCCUCAUCCCUUGGAGACCUCUUCGUCUAACAGGUGGAAUAUUACAAAUUCUCUUCCAGGUCACAUUGAUCAUCAGUGGAAACCUGAGCUUUUUGAAUUGGUUGACGAUCCUCCCAGCAAUCAGUUGUUUUGAUGAUCAGAGCCUGACAUGGCUCUUUCCAUCUUGGCUCAGUAAUAGUAAGGAGAUCGUCACCAAGAUACAUUCAGAUGAGGCACAAGGCAUUGGACCAAAAUCAAGUGUUGGUGAUUACAUCAGAAAGGUUUCUCAUAUUUCUCUGGCUCUUCUACUUGCCUAUCUGAGUAUCCCUGUAGUGAAAAAUCUCUUCUCAUCUCGACAAGCUAUGAAUACUUCUUUUGACUCACUUCGUAUAGUCAACACCUAUGGAGCAUUUGGAAGCAUCACAAAAGAAAGAACAGAAGUGAUCUUCCAAGGUACUAUGGACCCCAAUCCCAAUAACCUUGCUGCUGAGUGGCUGGAGUACGAGUUCAAAUGCAAACCAGGGGAUGUGAGACGUCGUCCAUGCCUUAUAUCUCCAUACCACUAUAGAUUGGAUUGGUUGCUCUGGUUUGCUGCCUUUCAGAAUUAUCAAUCUAAUGCUUGGUUCAUCCACCUAGCUGGGAAGCUGUUAAUGAAUGAUAACCAGACCAUUGAUCUCAUUGCAUAUAAUCCAUUCCAAGACAAACUACCUCCAAGAUACAUCCGAGUGGAGCAUUACCGUUAUGAAUACACCACCAUAGGAAGUAAGGAAGCCCUGGAUGGCAAGUGGUGGAAUAGGAAAAGGAUAGGACCAUACAUGCCACCAGUCUCCUUGGAAUCACUAGAGAACUACUUCGUCCAGCAGAGCUGGGAUUUGCCAAAACACAUCAAGAGGAAAAUAAGAGAAGAAAGGAGAUCCAAGGCCAGGAAUGGGAAAGGUUCCACGUAAUGUUGUAGAUUCUCUGUUUGAUCUUGGUUGAUCUGGUGUACUGACAUGCAGCAAUUGCUUAUCACCCGUUUUUUUGUUCUUUGAAAUACUUCUUUCUUUCUUAUAUCUUGGGUGUUUUUUUUUUAUGUUUUGUUUUCAAUAAUGGCUUAUCCAAUUGCCUCAAAUUUUCCAAACAUGUUCCUUUUUCAAGUUGGCCUAUUUUUAACAUGAUAUCAUUUUGAAGCUAUUUUGUGAAAAUGUGUUAUCAGUCAAGGUUAAUAAGAAAUCAUGGAAAAGUAAACCAAAUUUGUUGUGUAUGAGUCAACAUCCAAUUUCUAUUCGCACAUCUUUUUGUGGAAUACGCAUCAGGCAACUUCUGAUAGUCUGCUGGCGUUGCCCCUUUCCCCAAAAAAUUUGUGUUUUACCUUGGCUCCGACAAAUGGAUAAAGUGCAAUCUCUAUUCUUUGAAUAUACAGUCCAAAUUGAUGUAUUGAUCUAUCAUCUUGCUGAAGAAUAGUCUUCUAAAAUUCCCUUGAUCGGAUUUAGAGGAAAUUUCGCACUCCAAAAUUGUAUGUUCUUGAAGCUGAUGUCUUUUAAAAAAAUAAUCUUUAUCAUUGUGAUGCCGAUAUCUCAUAUGAGCCUUUUGUUUAAGUUUUAACAAUUAGUAAUAUGUUCUUUUCAUUCUCUUUCUCAUGGUAACAUUUUGUUUAUAUGUGAAAUGUUUUUGAUUGUUUAAUCUCAACCAACACAUUCUCUUCAUCACAUACGAAUACUUCAUUAUGACUUUUUGCCUAUAGCUGACAGAAGCAUUUUCUGAUUUUUUUUUUAAAGUAAAAAAAUUUAAAAUUGUUCACAAUGUCCCUGAAGAGCCAUUCAACUGCAACAUGGACAGAGCUCAUUGAUAAGUUAUAAGCUUCUUUAUCAGGAGUGAUGUCAUUCCACUUGAAAGGACUCUGGAAC